AUGAAGAGCUCACUUGUCUUCCUCGCCGGUCUUUUUGCCCCCUUCGCCCUGGCCCAGUCCCUCUGCGACCGCUACUCUUGCUACUCUUACUACUCCAACGCCGGCUACGAGUUCAACAACAACCGCUGGGGCCAGGACUCUGGCUCUGGUAGCCAGUGCACUUACAUUGACUGGUCCAACAGCAACGGCGCUGGAUGGCACGUCGACUGGAACUGGUCUGGAGGACAGGACAACGUCAAGGCCUACCCCAACUCGGCACUCCAGCUCAACACCAAGCGCCUCCUCAGCAGCAUCAGCAACAUGCAGUCCGCGACUGCGUGGUCUUAUAGCGGCACCAACAUCCGUGCCAAUGUUGCCUACGAUCUCUUCACUGCUGCUGACCCCAAGCACUCCACGUCCAGCGGCGACUACGAGCUCAUGAUCUGGCUCGCUCGAUACGGCGGAGUUCAGCCCAUUGGUUCUCGCCAGGGCAAUGUCAACGUCGAAGGCAAGACUUGGGAACUCUGGGUUGGCAUGAACGGCAGCAUGAAGGUCUUCAGCUUCGUCGCCGCCAACCCUGUCAACAACUUCAACUCGGACGUCAAGCAAUUCUACAACUACCUCGCCAAUACCCAAGGCUUCCCUAUCAGCAAGCAGUAUCUCCUGACCUUCCAGUUUGGUACCGAGCCCUUCACGGGAAGCAAUGCUAAGCUUACAGUCGCUAACUUCAACGCCCAUGUCAACUAA